CUUUGCUUGGAGGAAAAAAAAAACUAAUAAAAAAAAGUCCACGCUCUUUCUCUUCCUCUCUUUCAAAACCCAAAACACCCAAACCAUCGGAUCCGAUGAAAUCUCCCAACGGGUCGGUCCGUCCACGCUAAUUCGAUUAAUCUCCCAAAGAAAUCAAAACCCUAGUUUUUGUCUGUCACUCAUAACAUCUUCCAUGGACUCCACCGCUUCCACGUCACACCGACUCGACUUGGCCACCGGAGACGACCCGGGUCCAUCUUCAUCCUCCCCAGCCGCAAACGCGAACGCAGCUUCGUCGUCAUCGCAGCCGCCGAGCCGGUACGAGUCGCAGAAGCGGCGCGAUUGGAACACGUUUCUGCAGUAUCUGAAGAACCACAAGCCGCCGCUAACGCUGUCGCGGUGCAGCGGAGCGCACGUGAUCGAGUUCAUGAAGUACCUAGACCAGUUCGGGAAGACCAAAGUCCACUCGACGUCCUGUCCGUACUUCGGACACCCGAAUCCUCCGGCUCAGUGCGCGUGUCCGCUUAAACAAGCGUGGGGAAGCCUCGACGCGCUAAUCGGACGGCUGAGAGCGGCCUAUGAGGAAACCGGUGGACAGCCAGAUUCGAAUCCGUUCGCCGCACGCGCCGUCAGGAUUUACCUCAGGGAGGUGAGGGAGGCGCAGGCUAAGGCACGUGGGAUUCCGUACGAGAAGAAGAAACGAAAACGACAUCCUCCUCCUCCUCCUUCUGUUACGGCGUCAGCCGCCGUUAACGUAACGGUGGUUCCGCCGACCGGCGGUGACGGCGGCGGCAAGGGAGUACCGUAGAAAUGUUGUGGGUUUACUUGUUAUAUGAAAACCCUAAUUGCUUUUUUCUACUAUUCAUUUUCUUUAAUUUGUGUUUAGUUCAGUGAAUCAGGUGAGAUCUAAGAACUCUGAGUCUUAAGUUGAAUCAAAAAUCGAAUCUAAAAACAAAUCUCAAAUCA